AUGAUUGGUUCUGGGAGAGCUUCGGUUGCUGCAGCUGCCGACCUAUCCAGGGCAUUUGUUGAGGACAUGGGGGAUUCAGCCCCGAGCUCUGUGUAUGCCCUGGCUUCGUUGGGGUCCUUUGGGGCCCACACCCAAAACCAAGAAAGGGAUCUGCACAAAUGGGUGCGCCAAUUGUACAACAUCAAUCUCAGCACAUUUGAUGUUCAGUGCGACAUGCAGGUGGACAACAUGCCAGGCUUACAGAAGGUGACAAUUCCAUUUCUUCUCCCUCACGAACUGUUUGAUGUUCUUGCUGGGGUCGGAAAGCUUCAGUGGAGCCUCUCUGUCACUGGUGGUCGGUCUGGACCUGAAAUCCGGCAGUUCUGGGAGCAUCUUUUCAAACAGGAAGAAUGGGAAAACCAUCCAGCCAGAUUUUUGAGAUAUAUCCAAAGGGACCGACUGAUCCCUGUGGCAUUCCACAUAGACGGGGUGGAAUUCUAUGCGAACACGGAACACUAUGUGUGGAGCCUUCAAUCCGUUUUUACCACGGGGGAGGUAUGGGAUGUCAAGUUCCCAAUUUGCAUCGUCCCACAUUCCUGGAUGAACAAAAAAUCUGUGAAAGAAGCUAUGCAUUCCACAGUGGCGCGAGUCACUACAUGGUCGAUGAGAUGUGCGUUGAAAGGCAAGGCGCCCGAAAGAGGUCCAUAUGGUGAAGUGCUGCAUGGCACCCGGGGGGAACAAGCUGGCAAAACUCUAGCUUCAGGAUACCACUUUGCUUACUUUGGUUUCAAAGCCGAUGCAAAAGCACGAAAAGAAUGUCACCGUUUUGACCGCACCUAUGGACACAACAAGAUCUGUGAAUGCUGUUUUGCAGAACGUCCGAACAAAGAUGGAGAUCCCUUACUCACCUUCAAGAACUUCUAUCCCAAUGCGGCCCAUAUGAUGACAGAGUUGUCCCAUUCUGAGUACCUUCAAUCUUCAGCUACGCAUUCGCCUUGGGAAAACAUGCCUGGCUUUCAUGUGAAAUCAUGCUUCCGAGAUCCUAUGCAUACAAUUUUCUUGGGAACUGCAAAGGAGAUCACAGCCUCAUGUUUGGGAUAUUGGUGCCGGAAUGGCUAUAUCCUGGGAAAUGAUUUACAUGAACAGCUACGAGCAAUUUCCAGAAAACAAAAGGAAGAUUGCAAAGCUGCUGGUCUACAUGGGACUUUCAAAACGUACACUCCAUCCAACACUGGUUUGGACCCUGCAAAUCAAUUCCCUGAAUUGGGGUCCGGUUUCAAAGCUGCAUCUGUCAAAACGUCGCUUUGGUUUCAUGCGAAGCUAGCUGGUGAAAUCUACGCAGAGAACCCAGAGGACACCUGGUUUGGAUGGCAACAAAAAACAUUUAGAAACGCUAUUUCCUGUCAUUUUGUUCAAUUUUGUUUGGUGAACAGAGAAGGGGUCAGCGCUAUUGAUUGCCCUGCUCAGACCUCAGGAUGA